AAACCUUUCACUAGGGUUUUACGGCUUCCGCACAUAUCGAACCGAAAUGGGUCCAAAGAAAGGCGCCAAGCUCCCAGUCGCAGCUUCCAAGAAGAAGCCGGAGAAGGUGGUGAACCCGCUCUUCGAGAAGCGUCCGAAGCAGUUCGGGAUCGGAGGGGCGUUGCCUCCGAAGAGAGAUCUGACCCGGUUCGUCAAAUGGCCCAAGGCUGUUCAGAUUCAGCGGAAGAAGCGCAUCCUCAAGCAGCGCCUCAAGGUCCCUCCUGCUCUCAAUCAGUUCACCAAGACCCUCGACAAGAACCUCGCGACAAGCCUGUUUAAAAUGCUGCUCAAGUACAGGCCGGAAGACAAGGCGGAGAAGAAGGAGCGUCUUUUGAAGAGGGCGGAGGCCGAGUUCCAGGGGAAGACUGUGGAGGCCAAGAAGCCCAUUGUCGUCAAGUAUGGUCUCAACCAUGUCACCUACCUCAUUGAGCAGAACAAGGCCCAGCUGGUGGUUAUUGCUCACGAUGUCGAUCCCAUUGAGCUGGUUGUAUGGCUCCCUGCUUUGUGCAGGAAGAUGGAAAUCCCGUACUGCAUUGUCAAGGGAAAAGCACGUUUGGGAGCGAUUGUUCACCAGAAAACUGCCUCAGUUUUGUGCCUGACGACAGUCAAGAAUGAGGACAAAAUGGAGUUCAGCAAGGUCUUGGAGGCUAUCAAGGCCAACUUCAACGAUAAGUAUGAGGAGUACAGGAAGAAGUGGGGUGGUGGCAUCAUGGGCUCCAAAUCACAGGCCAGGACCAAGGCCAAGGAGAGGCUCCUUGCAAAGGAAGCUGCUCAAAGAAUGAAUUAAUUUUGGUCACGGUGUAGCAGAUAUUUUGUUUAAAUAGAUUUGCAACUGGUUAGACUUUAUGGACAAGUUUUUGCUGUCGGUAUACCAUGUUUUUCUUCAACUAUUUUUGCAUAAAUUUAUGUUCCCCGCUUUCUAUAAUUUGAUGUUUGAAGUUUUUGUUCCGCA